AUGGAAAAGUUCUCAAAGUGGAGAGAUCCAGCUACAGGAAUCCAACCUUUCCUCCCUCCCGUCGCUCCUAACAAAGUCAAUCCGGUUUUCAAGAUCCUUCUCUAUCCAUCAUGUGUAUUCCAUUCCCUGGUCCGGGGUAUAUUACUAGGAAUAGUCGCGAUUCUCCAUAUCUUACUAGUGAACAUCAUAUGUUUCCCUUUCAUCCUCAUACCUCAACUUCAUUAUCUCCUUUCAACCAUAUUCACAACCAUCACCACCCGCCUAUCUCUUUUCUUAAUGGGUUAUUGGUCGAUCCCAUUAGACAUCAUAACUCCCAAACGUACCAAAACCUCUUCAGUAUCUCAAUCUCUUCGUUCACCUCUUAAAGGAGAUUUAAUAAUAUCAAACUGGACAUCCUAUGUCGAUAUCAUUUACCUAACUUAUAAAUUCAAUCCAACAUUUCUUCUACCCAUUUUCUCACCUUCUCCACCUCCUAAAUCGGCAUUAACAGGUAAACACACAGGUACAGGUUCAGCUCAAUUAAUCUCAAAACUUCCUCAACCUUCAUUAUUAGGUUAUAUUCCUUUAUCUUUAUUCUCACUUUUAUUUCAAACUGGUUCAUUACCCACUAUCCACAGUACGACUCCAAAAGGAAUGUAUAAAUCAUUACAAGAUGCAAGAAAAAAAUGUUUAGGUCCGAUUGUACUUUUACCAGAAUGUACAACUUCAAACGGUCGUGCUUUACUUCGAUUUCCAGAAGGUUUAUUAUCACAAGAAGAUAUAGGAGAUAAAGGUUUAACUUGGAUUAUUUAUUUACGUCAUUCUUCUCCUACACCUUUUGCACCUUCUGCUACUUGUCCUUUACCUCAACCUUUCAGACAUUUAUUCGGAUCGUUAUUGUUUACUCCAACACCUAUGCCACAGAGAAGUUUAGGUGUUAGGAUGUUACAUCCUUCUGCUUCACCUAGCAGUCCGAGUUUUUUACCUAGUGAGAUAUUGGCUGAUCAUCCGGGUGGAUUGGAAGGUUUGGGAAAGAAUGGGGAAGGGGUUUGGAGGGAAGCGGUCAGUGUGGUUUUGGCUGAGACUGGGAAAGUGAGGAGGGUAAAGGGAAUGGGUUGGGUCGAAAAGGAAGGUUUUUUGGAGUAUUGGAAUACUAAAAGACGAUGA